AGCCUGGCGCACCGCCGCCUUCUGCAGUGAGUUGGGGGCUGGGAGGCGUGGGGGGCUUUUGGGUUGGCUUGGAGGGGUUUGCAUGCGUGCAUGAGGUGUUUCCAGCUUGCACAGAAGGGUCUUGCUUUGCUUGGAGGGUUGGGGUUUGCAUGCAUGAAAGACCUGGGGUUUGCACGGAGGUUUUGGGGUUUGCUUGGAGGUUUGGGGGCUUGCAUGCAUGGAAUGCUUUGGGAUUGCUUGGAGGGGUUUGCACGCAUGCAUGAGGUGUUUCCAGCUUGCACAGAAGGGUUUUGCUUUGCUUGGAGGGUUGGGGUUUGCAUGCAUGAAAGACCUGGGGUUUGCUUGGAGGUUUGGGGGCUUGCUUGCAUGGAAGGCUUUGGGUUUGCUUGGAGGGGUUUGCACGCGUGCAUGAGGUGUUUCCAGCUUGCAGAGAAGGGUUUUGCUUUGCUUGGAGGGUUGGGGUUUGCAUGCAUGAAAGACCUGGGGUUUGCUUGGAGGUUUUGGGGUUUGCUUGGAGGUUUUGGGGCUUGCAUGCAUGGAGGGCUUUGGGUUUGCUUGGAGGGGUUUGCAUGCACGCAUGAGGCGUUUCCAGCUUGCACAGAGGGGUUUUGCUUUGCUUGGAGGGUUGGGGUUUGCAUGCAUGAAAGACCUGGGGAUUGCUUGGAGGUUUUGGGGCUUGCUUGCAUGGAGGGCUUUGGGUUUGCUUGGGGGGGUUUGCAUGCGUGCAUGAGGUGUUUCCAGCUUGCACAGAAGGGUUUUGCUUUGCUUGGAGGGUUGGGGUUUGCAUGCAUGAAAGACCUGGGGUUUGCUUGGAGGUUUUGGGGUUUGCUUGGAGGUUUGGGGGCUUGCUUGCAUGGAAUGCUUUGGGUUUGCUUGGAGGGGUUUGCACGCGUGCAUGAGGUGUUUCCAGCUUGCACAGAAGGGUUUUGCUUUGCUUGGAGGGUUGGGGUUUGCAUGCAUGAAAGACCUGGGGUUUGCUUGGAGGGGUUUGCACGCAUGCACGAGCUGUUUCCAGCUUGCACAGAAGGGUUUUGCUUUGCUUGGAGGGUUGGGGUUUGCAUGCAUGAAAGACCUGGGGUUUGCACGGAGGUUUUGGGGUUUGCUUGGAGGUUUUGGGGCUUGCAUGCAUGGAGGGCUUUGGGUUUGCUUGGAGGGGUUUGCAUGCAUGCAUGAGGUGUUUCCAGCUUGCACAGAAGGGUUUUGCUUUGCUUGGAGGGUUGGGGUUUGCAUGCAUGAAAGACCUGGGGUUUGCACGGAGGUUUUGGGGUUUGCUUGGAGGUUUGGGGGCUUGCAUGCAUGGAAGGCUUUGGGUUUGCUUGGGGGGGUUUGCAUGCAUGCAUGAGGUGUUUCCAGCUUGCACAGAAGGGUUUUGCUUUGCUUGGAGGGUUGGGGUUUGCAUGCAUGAAAGACCUGGGGUUUGCUUGGAGGUUUUGGGGUUUGCUUGGAGGUUUGGGGGCUUGCAUGCAUGGAAUGCUUUGGGAUUGCUUGGAGGGGUUUGCACGCAUGCAUGAGGUGUUUCCAGCUUGCACAGAAGGGUUUUGCUUUGCUUGGAGGGUUGGGGUUUGCAUGCAUGAAAGACCUGGGGUUUGCUUGGAGGUUUUGGGGCUUGCAUGCAUGGAGGGCUUUGGGUUUGCUUGGGGGGGUUUGCAUGCGUGCAUGAGGUGUUUCCAGCUUGCACAGAAGGGUUUUGCUUUGCUUGGAGGGUUGGGGUUUGCAUGCAUGAAAGACCUGGGGUUUGCUUGGAGGGGUUUGCAUGCAUGCAUGAGCUGUUUCCAGCUUGCACAGAAGGGUUUUGCUUUGCUUGGAGGGUUGGGGUUUGCAUGCAUGAAAGACCUGGGGUUUGCUUGGAGGUUUGGGGGCUUGCAUGCAUGGAGGGCUUUGGGUUUGCUUGGGGGGGUUUGCAUGCGUGCAUGAGGUGUUUCCAGCUUGCAGAGAAGGGUUUUGCUUUGCUUGGAGGGUUGGGGUUUGCAUGCAUGAAAGACCUGGGGUUUGCUUGGAGGUUUUGGGGUUUGCUUGGAGGUUUUGGGGCUUGCAUGCAUGGAGGGCUUUGGGUUUGUUUGGAGGGGUUUGCAUGCAUGCAUGAGGCGUUUCCAGCUUGCACAGAGGGGUUUUGCUUUGCUUGGAGGGUUGGGGUUUGCAUGCAUGAAAGACCUGAGGUUUGCUUGGCAGGGUUUGCAUGCAUGCAUGCAUGAGGUGUUUCCAGCUUGCACAGAAGCGUUCUGCUUUGCUUGGAGGGUUGGGGUUUGCAUGCAUGAAAGACCUGGGGUUUGCUUGGAGGGUCGAGGAUUGCACGGAGGGAUUUGGGUUUGCUUGGAGGGAUUGGGGUUUGCAUGCAUGAAAGACCUGGGGUUUGCUUGGAGGUUUUGCGGCUGUUGCAGGAGCUGCAGGAAGCGCUUGCAAUUGCACUGUGGCUUUGCUCUUGCAGGAGGUGUUUCCAAACUGCAUUGCGGCUUUGCAACCGCGGGAAGCUUUUGCAAUUGCACCGUGGUUUUGCACAGGCGGGAAGGUUCUGCACCCUGCAGGCACUAAACCUUCCUGCUUUGCACCCUGCAGUCGCUGCGUGCACGCACAGAUCCCCAUGCAGCUUCACAAAACCACCUUUGCAACCCUCUCCCCCCCACCCCCUCCU